AUGGAGACCAAUAUGGAGAAAAAGAACAAACCAGGAACUGAAGACAAUCUACAGAAAGCCCAUGAUCAGACAGAAUGUGGUGAAUACGGAUGGCAAUACGAUCCAUGGUACGGGAAACAAUUACAACCUUGGGCAAAAGCUGCAGAGCCUAAAGAAAAGCCAGAGGAUAAAGAUAAAGAGAAAGAAGAUUCAGAGGAAAAAGAUUCAGAGGAGAAAGAAUCAGAAGAGAAAGAUUCAGAAGAAUCUGACGAGGAAGAUUCUGAAGAAGAAGAUUCAGAAGAAAAGGAAUCCGAAGAGAAGGAAGAAGAAUAUUAUUUCGAGCUCUCUUCUGACCAAUACGAAGAUGAGCCAGAUAUGUGGCCUUGUUUGUACAAAGGAUGCAGAGGAAAACAACAAUCACCCAUAAAUAUUGACACAGAAGCAAUAACUGUGGAUUCUAAUCUUGGAGAAUUAACUUUCGAAAAUUAUGACAAACCAUUAAAAGACUUGUUUAUAAAAAAUGCUGGCUAUGUUGUUUAUAUUGCAUUACCAAAGGAUAAUGAUGUCACUGUUACAAGUGAAUGGCUAGGAGCUACGUAUCGUUUAAUCGGAAUUACAUUUAAAUAUGGUAAAACUAACAAAAAUGGAUCUGAGCAUACAGUUGAUAGCAAAUAUUUUCCUCUCGAGGUUGCCCUGUUUCAUUUAAAUACGAAAUAUGAUAAAGUUGAGGAUAAACCUGAUGCCAAUUUGGCAUUAGUUUCUCUCUUUGACGUCGGGAAAUCAAAUAAAGGUUUAAAAAGUGUAGUCAAAUCAUUGGAAGAUGUUGAUGAAGUAGAUUCGAAUUCGACGCUGAAGUCUCCUUUAACGUUAAAAGAUUUAUUGCCAUCUCACACAGAUUAUUAUAUAACUUAUAAUGGAUCUGCAUUGAUACCUGAAUGUUCGGAGUCUUAUAAAUUUAUAAUUUUUCAUUACUCUAAUACUGUUAGCAAAAGCCAGUUAGAGAAAUUUAGAAGUAUAGAAACAGAAAAAGAUGGAAGAGAUUUGAAUGAAGUUAGACCAAUUCAACCUUUAAAUGGUAGAGAUAUUUUGAGUUCAAAAUCCGGAAAAGAUGAGAAAAAUGGAAAAGGAAAGAAAAAUGGAAAAAGUAAAAAGAAUGGAAAAGAGAAAAAGAAUGGAAAAGAGAAAAAGAAUGGAAAAGAAGAAAAGAAUGGAAAAGAAAAGAAAAAUGGAAAAGAGGAAAAAAAUGGUAAAGAAAAUACUAAAGAAGAUUGGUGGUACAAACAAGCUAAAUUUCGAUAUGUUAUAAGCUAAGCUUUUGAAGAAAAAUCAUAUGUAUGUG